AUGGAAAGCCGAGAUUUCGCCCCUCCGCACCACCUCCUGACGGAGCGGGGCGCCCUGGUGCACGGGGCCGGGUCUCGGAUGUCGCCGGCCGGCCACGGCUCUGUGCAGCACCCCGCUCACUUCCAGCCCGGGAAGUACUACUCAUCCCACCUCGCCAUGGGUCCGCACUCAGUAGCACAGGUGUGCAGCAUUAUGGAGGGCGUGGUGGAGCUUGUCAUUGAACAGUCCAUAACCCAGCUCUUAAAUUCGUCUGCAAGCGCGUGCAGCCGGGAAUACGCGUCCAUUCAUCCCAUUCCUGCCACCUACCAUCUCUCCUGGAAGUUUGUGGCCUUUGAUGGCCACGGCAGUAACAAUGACACACACCCCGUCAAACCUCCCUCCACGCGCACACCUUCGCGUACAAGCAUUAGGAGAGAGAAUGACGUAUCUGUGAGCGCGCGAGUGUGGACCCCCGAGUGCGCGCUCGUGGAAUGUGAGAUCCUGAGAUGUUUGGCUAUUGCAGAUGUGGGAGAGAGAUAUGAGUCAGCAACGGAUGGGACCCAGUCAGGAACCCCCCCUGACCCCCCCUUUCUCCAACUAACCAGCUCCACCCAGGGUACAGGGGGCACAUCUUGGGUGCAGCAUGCAAGACGGCCCCCUGCCUGGAGGAGACAGCUGGCCGAGGCUGCGGCCAGCCGAGCUGAGACUGGAAGAAGAAGAGUAGGGGGUCAAGGCAAUUCCGUGUUUACGCUGCGUGACAGGAGGGGUGACAUCACGCAGACGUGA